UGGAACCUCUGCACCGUCGUAGGGGUGCUGCUGGGCUACCCGGCGGCGUACGCCUUCACUGCAGGGGAGGGUGCUGAGAACUGCCUGGCGCUGACGCCGCUGAGGGUGUUCACGGUGCAGGCCUCCUGCCCCAGGAUAAGGGACGGUCUCAGGGUUCAGAUCUACUCCUUCAGCGUCCCAGAGAGCCUCUGCACAGAACUGAAGGGGGUGCUGGACGCCUGGCGCGAUGAGCUGGAGGAGGCCUUCAGCAUGCAGAGCGACUUUGUGGAUCUCUGUGUUGCAAGUGAGGUGGUGACUCUUCCAGCAGUUGCCUUGUAA